UGAGGAAUAAAAACGAGCGCUCCUGGUUGAGGGUAACGCGGGAAACUGACGCUGUGUCGGUUCACUGUGUUUUCUCUCACAGACACCCGCCACGCCAACCUUCAUCACUACCGGAGCCAGAGCCGGAGCUCACCGCGUGUAGCUGCUUCUGUCUGACCGGAGACGGUGUGUCCUCGUCGGGCUCGGGCUCGUGGUUGCACCCGGUGAAGGAGGAGGUCGUUGAUUAUAUGUCUGUCCCCGCGCUGCUCGUUAACGCCCGACCCCGUUAGCUCACACACACAAAGAGGCUUGCUAAGAAGCUAAAACAAGCAGCUUUUACUUUGUUAUUAUUUAAAAAACAACAACAACAACAACAACAAAAAAGAUGGAUACGUUUCAGAAGGUGGAGAAGAUCGGAGAGGGGACGUACGGAGUGGUUUACAAAGCCAAGAACAAAGUCACCGGAGAAACUGUCGCUCUCAAGAAGAUCCGGCUGGAGACGGAAACCGAGGGCGUACCGAGCACGGCCAUCCGAGAGAUUUCGCUCCUCAAAGAACUCAGUCACCCAAAUAUCGUCAAAUUGCGGGAUGUCAUCCACACCGAGAACAAGCUCUACCUUGUUUUUGAGUUCCUUCAUCAAGAUUUGAAAAAGUUCAUGGACUCCUCCUCGGUUACCGGUAUCCCGCUGCCUCUGGUUAAGAGUUACCUUUUCCAGCUCCUGCAAGGCCUGGCCUUCUGCCACUCCCACAGAGUUCUUCAUCGAGACCUGAAGCCCCAAAACCUCCUCAUCAACGCCCAGGGCGAGAUCAAGCUCGCCGACUUUGGUCUGGCGAGAGCCUUUGGGGUGCCUGUCCGCACAUACACACACGAGGUGGUGACACUUUGGUACAGAGCACCAGAAAUUCUCCUCGGCUGCAAAUAUUACUCCACAGCUGUCGACAUCUGGAGUCUGGGGUGCAUCUUUGCUGAAAUGAUCACCAGGAGGGCCCUAUUCCCCGGCGACUCAGAGAUCGAUCAGUUAUUCCGAAUCUUUCGUACCUUGGGCACGCCCGAUGAAACCGUCUGGCCGGGAGUCACGUCAAUGCCUGACUACAAGCCGUCUUUCCCCAAGUGGGCCCGACAGGAUUUAUCCAAAGUGGUGCCUCUUCUUGAUGAGGAUGGAAGAGAACUGCUCGGGGAGAUGCUGAAUUACGAUCCAAACAAAAGGUUAUCCGCCAAAAACGCUCUCGUACAUCGAUUCUUCCGUGACGUCACCAUGCCAAUCCCUCACCUGAGACUCUGAAUUAAGGGGGAAAGAAAUAACAGGCCGUUUUUUAAUGCCAACAAUGUCUAAGCAAUAAAGGACAUCUUCGCCCUCGCCUCAUGUCUGCGACUGGAAUGGACAGUGGAAGUGGACACUCCAGGAUAUGUUGGAUCAACUUCUAGACGAUAGAUGUCCCCAGACAUUUGCUGUUUUUUCAGCCAGGAUGUUAUAAUAGAUUUAAACGUUUAACUUGUAAUUUUCAAUAUCAUUAUUUUUUUGCAUAUUUAUGUGCAAACUGCCAUUUUUGAUGUAAAUGUUAUUUUGUUAUUGGGACGGUCCUCCGACUGAGCACAGGUCAGAUACACAGUUCUAGUUAUCUGCCAUUUAGAUGUAUCAAUUUGAACAGCAUGUCUGCUUUAGGAAGUCCAAAUUCAAGUAGUUCAGUAGUUAGUUAGAAUUAAAUAUG